AUGGGAUUCAGUCUGUUGGCAAGGCCCACUGUGGAAUUCCACGAUGAAACGAAAUGGCCAAGUACUUCAACCCAAGAAGAUGCCGAGCUUUGUGGCGACCACCCAGAAGGCGAAAAAGAACGAGAACGACCCCGCAAUAUUGUUUCCGCAGCUAAUUUGAAGCUCAAAAUUCCACCCCGCGAUCUCCAGGCUGAGAAAGAUCUUGAUGAAUCAAACGAUGAGUGCAAGACUCCAACACUUUCGGGUCACAAAAUCCCAUCGAGCCUGCCGUGUCCGCCUGCUCCCAAGAAGCCCAAAUCAAUUCCAUCCGGCAAGCGAAAACCUUGCGCCACUGGAAAUUUUCUUGAUCUGUCCAAAGAGAUCGAAUCUUUGUUUCCGGCGCCGUUGCUGCUAGAUCUUUACGGUAAGAUUAAGAAAGUGAGACGAGGAAAUGGCACUCCAAUGAUCGAUGAGUAA